AUGGAUAAAGCUUACUGGUGCAAAUACUCGAAACCGUCAAGCUACGACACGCCAUGGCCACUUGCUGAUGGAUGGGAUGACUGUGCAGACAAUGGGGUGUUCAUGUUGGACAUGCCGGAAGAACAAUGCCGGAAAGCCUCGUCCGGACAGCAGGAAACGUCUGCUGUGACAUUUCACACCCUUACAGAAGCUGAGGCGACUGUAAUGGAGCGAUAUCUGGGCUCGAAGCAAGGACCCACAGCUUCACAGGCCCUCCAGAGGAAUCCUAGAGUUAAGUCACUCUUUGACCAACUUGGUUUCGGGCCUCAAGCGAGGGAAGCAGCUGCUGUAGCCCUUAUGAAUAUUUCUGCAGGAGCCAACCCCCAUUGCUUCACUGCUCAACCUCAAAGGUCAUUCUUGGAAAAUGACAAUGCUAUCGUUUUCACAGACGAGGACAUGGAAGUUCCAUACCCGGAUCAUAGGAGGCCGCUUUACCUGGAGGGACAAAUCAAUGAUGUGUUCAUACGGAGGGCUCUGGUAGACACGGGUUCUUCUGUUAACAUCUUGCCUCUGUCUGUACUUACAGCAGCUGGUAUUCCACUAUCCAAGAUCGUGCAGUCCCAAACGAGCAUUAGCGGUUUUGGGAAUCAAAGUGAGGUUACGGUUGGAUAUAUGCAAGUAAAUUUGAAGGUAGGGCCCAUCCGGUCACUUACCAAGUUCUAUGUGGUGGACGUAGAUGUGGCUUAUCAUGCUUUGUUGGGAAGGCCAUGGCUCAACAACAUAAACUUGUGGUCUCUACGUACCAUCAAUGUGUAA